GUCGAUCUCAAUACUCACUCCUUCUUGAAAACUCCGAGAGCCUACUUUAUCAAGCCCUCCGGUCUGGAAACUUCUGUUAGCUCAGUCACAGCAACUAUGAACUUCCUCGAUUUACCGCGCGAAUUGCGCGACAACAUUUACGCUUACGUCCUUACUUCGCCAAGCUCUCUUCGUGCUGAAAAGCCCCCAACUACCUCUGAGUCUGGCAUCUCUCGCACACGUCUGGACACUGCUAUACUACGCACUUCUCGGCUUAUUCACGACGAAUCUAGUGAGGUCCUCUACAAAAGCAACAAAUUCCGCCUUGGAAACCUCUUCUACACCACACCUCUGAAUAAUCUUUUAAGAUAUUUCUUGUGCACGAAUAGAUACGGGCACCACGUACGGUCCAUCGAUGUCUACUAUCUGUACGAUUGCCUGGUUCCUAGCGAUAAGCGUCCUGACACGCCUUCGGGCGUUUGGGAGCGCAUCCGGGCCGAUGCUCACGUCCUCGUAUCCCUCUUCCCUAACCUGCGUACUUUACAAGCAACAUGGGGCUUUGGGUAUCAGAUGCAGUACUUCCCGUUCUGUCCAUUCCCCAAGAAAGGAACGAAGAGUCAUGAGGAGAUCGUAGAAGGGACGUUGGGAUGGCUAAGGGAGUGUUUGGCAGAAGAUGGGGUGUCGGCACCAGAGUGCUUGAAGCUUGAGUGGCGAUUCUGGAACAGGGCACAGCAGGUUGACCAAGAAGCGUUCGAUGAGGCUUUGGAUCGGCUAAAGAAUGAGGAGAAAAUGAGAAAAGCCAACGAAUUAAUUGAGCGGCCCUGGUAAAGAUUCGUUGAUAUCAUGCGCACGCGGUGCAUAUCCGAGGGCUUGAUGAUCUAUGUUUACAGAAACCUUCACGCUGAGCCGCCCUUUCCGUAAGCAUCCAACUCAAAAGAUUAAAUUUGCAGUCUCUAGAAUCUCAGAUGGCCAAUCCUACCACCACUUCAUCGUUCUGUUCCGCCGCUUCCCAAUAAGUCCGAACCCAAUUUGGCCGGCUCGCUUCUCAGGAGUUCAUGAACACGCCGUGCUAACCGGGCGUUGUAAUAAGGUGGUUUAUCGAAGAGGCACCUCGAAAAAGGUGAUCGAUGCCGCAGGUUUUCAUACUGAUACAGAGCGUUGGUGCUUUGGGUUAGCGUU